CUGCGAUGUUCCCGGACGUCCCCGACUCCGCCUGGGCGGAUAACCCAGACACCCUGGAAGACGGGCAACUCCAACUUUACUACGGAGUGUUCCUCCUCAAGACCACGGAACACGUCAUCCUGGUCGACACCGGCAUGGGACCCGGCCCGCAUCCCCGAUCGCGGCAACAUAACCGGCAACCUCUACGAGGAGCUACGGCCGCACCUGGAGUCCAACGUCGGCGUGAACAACACCAACGUCGGACCCAGCGACUCGGUCAACUACAUCAUCCACACCCACCUGCACGGCGACCACGUGGGCUGGAACCUGCGCUACUCCGGCGGUAUGCCCGCGCCCAAUUUCCGCCGCGCCCGCUACGUUAUGUCGCGCCCCGACUACGACUAUUUCACCUCGGCAGAGGGACGCCAGCGGUUCCCGUACAUCGACCGCCAGGUCAUGCCGCUGCGCCGGCUGCGCCUGCAGCAGAUCCUGGAGGAACCGGAGCACACCAUCAGCGACGAGAUUUCCAUCGCGCCCGCUCCCGGCCACACGCCGGGCCACCAGGUGGUGCUCAUCAACUCCAACGGGCAGCGCGGCGUGGUCAUGGGUGACGUGCUCCACACCAUCGCCCAGAUCUCCGAGCCUACCUGGUGCGCCGGCGUUGACACCGACAAGGAGCAGUCCGCUGCCUCCCGUGGCCGCCUGCUGGACGCUGCCGAGGAAGGUGACUGGAUCAUCUGCGCGGGACACUUCCCGCCCGGCAAGCAGAUCGGCAAGAUCGCCCGCGUGGACGGCAAGCGGGUCUGGCAACCACUCUAG